AUGGCGCCGUCUGCGACUUUGGACAUUAUCGAGAAUGGAACGACAGUGGGAUCCACCAAGCUGUCGACGUUCGAGCUCAACAAUCCAAGCCUUGUCGUCGAUGCAGCAUACAUUGCCGGCCAGUGGCGGUUGAAGCAGGAUGUAUUUGAAGUGUUUGGUGAGGAAGAUUGCGCUGGAGUCGAGGUGUCAUUGCUGAUGGGUGUUUCCGCAGAACCAUCAACGGGUAAACCCCUUGGUCGAGUCGCCAGUUGCUCCGCCGAUGAUUUCGUCGAAGCCAUCGAAGCUGCACAUGCCGCACAGGCGGCGUUUUGGGAAGACACCACGGCAACUGAACGUGCUGCGUUCCUGAAGCGAUGGUACAGCUUGAUCAUGGACAACGCGGAUGACUUGGGAACGAUCAUCUCUCUUGAGAAUGGAAAGACGUUUAGCGAGGCUCGAGGAGAGGUCGUAUAUGCAGCCAGUUUCAUCUCGUGGUUCGCGGAAGAGGCUGUUCGAUCGUAUGGCCACACAAUCCCAUCGUCCACAGCAAACACCACCCUGUACUCCGUUCGAGAGCCGGUGGGAGUGUGUGGAAUCAUCACGCCGUGGAACUUUCCGGCCGCCAUGAUUACCCGCAAGGUAGCACCCGCGAUUGCAGCAGGUUGCGCUGUCGUUAUCAAACCACCAAGCGAGACGCCCUACACUGCACUAGCUCUUGCGAAGCUGGCGGAACAGGCGGGUGCCUACCCUGGUGUGAUCCAUGUUUGCCCGACGAAGGAUCGAACGGCCGCAACACUGCUCGCUACUCACCCGCUGGUGUCCAAAAUCAGCUUCACCGGCUCGACAAACGUGGGCAAGAUGCUGGCAAGUCUGGCGGCAAAGUCAUUGAAAAAAGUCAGCCUGGAGUUGGGCGGUAAUGCGCCGUUCAUUGUCUUUGAUGAUGCUGAUCUCGACCUCGCCGUUGAAGGCGCCAUGUUUUGCAAGUUCCGGUGCUCAGGUCAGACCUGCGUGUGCGCCAACCGACUUCUGGUGCAGAGGGGAGCCGCAAAGGCUUUCACGGCCAAGCUCGUUGCGGCAGUGUCGAAGCUGAAGAUGGGGCCGGGCUUGAACCCGGACACCACUCAGGGCCCCUUGGUCAACAACGCGGCCGUGACCAAGGUCAAUGAGCAUGUGCAGGAUGCUCUAUCCAAAGGAGCAACGCUGGAGUUUGGCGGCUCACGUCCAUCUAAUCCAGGAUUCUUCUACACACCCACUGUGCUCUCUGGAGUCGAUCAGACCAUGAUUGUUGCCCAAGAGGAGACUUUUGGGCCACUGGCGCCCAUCUUCACGUUUGAGAAUGAAGCUGAUGCGCUCCGCAUAGCUAAUGAUACCGAGUUCGGCCUGGCAGGGUACUUUUUCAGCCGCGAUAUUGCACGCUGUAUGCGCGUGGCUCGAAAGCUGCAAGUCGGAAUGGUGGGCGUCAAUACGGGCAAGAUUUCCGCCGCAGAGGCGCCAUUCGGAGGUGUCAAGGCAAGUGGAUACGGGCGCGAGGGGAGUCUGUAUGGCUUGGAAGAGUAUCAAGUCGUCAAGAGCGUGACCAUUGGCGUGUGCGGCGUGCCGCGAGAGCAAGACCAAAGUAGGCUGCCCAGUACCCCAAGCGCAUUGCGUGCGACUGACGAUAGAAGUGUGACGGUGUUGGUCCACGAUGCGGGAGCUGUGCGCGGAGGGGCAGAUCAUGCCAUUAUGAGGCGCGAGAGGACAAGCGGCGUCGCUCUCCAUGAUGCACUCCUUCAAGCCGGCGUUACACCUCCUUCCAUGGAUGAAGAUGACGAGCAGCAAGCAAACAAGGCCCUCGACACGGUCGAUCUGCCGAAGCUGCCCAGCGAGGCUCUGGUAUUCUCAUCUACCGGCGGUGAUGGUUCCCAACAUCAGGUGACAGAUCUGACGGGCCUCGGAGAGAGUGACUCCACAAUGCUCAUGAGUGGCGAAAUUGCAGCACCACACGUCCCCGAAGAUAGCUUGCAGGCAGACACGACUUUGCAUUCUAAUCUUGAACAGAGCCUGGAUUUCGGCGAGCUCUAUUCCAUCAAUUGGGAGGACACCGUCUCGCCUGACUGGGACUGGAUGAAUCUGUUCCCUGCAGGUAUGGAUACCCUGACAAGUGCGCAGCCAUUCGCUGGGCUCUCGAACACUCUUCCGCGACCGCCGGGCAGGGCGGAUGGCCUGGUCUUGCCGGCGAUCACCGACAACAAUCACGAUGAUGAAGUCGAUCCAGAGCUGAUUGGCCAGGUGGCGGCACGGUUUGGCUCUCUACACGUAGCCCCGGACGGAAAGUUGAGAUAUUUUGGCACGCCUUCCAACACGCACCUCUUCGGGAGUAGCUAUUCUGGUCCAUACUCUUCCCCGCGGUCUGUCAGAAUCGAUGGUGCACAUCUUCUUCGGAACGCUGACCUCGACCGCCAAAUCGAUCCCGAGCUCGAGACACAUCUCAUCGAGCUCUUCUUUUCAUGGCACAACUCUUGCAACCCGGUCGUUGGCAAGUCCAUGUAUUGGAGCGCACGCGAGCAAGCACACGAAGGGAUUGAAGAUGGCGGAUAUUAUUCGGAGGUUCUCACCAAUGCAAUGUGUGCAAUCGGUGCCAAUUUCGAAGCCCGUUACCAUUCGAAACUUGUGACAUUUCCCAGGCCGCUGGCAGAGUUCUUCGCCGAUCGCUCCAAAAUCUUGCUGGAAGUCGAACUGGACAGUCCUUGCGUCGCCACCGUGCAGGCCCUGCUGUUGCUCAGUAGCCACGAGGCGGGAUUUCAGCGGACUGCUCGCUCAUGGCUGUACAACGGCAUGGCCAUGAGGCUUUGUUUCGAUCUGGGCCUGCACGUCAACACCGAUCCAUACGUUGAACGCGGAAUCUUAUCCACUCAAGAAGCACAGGCCAGGCAAAUGACAUUCUGGGCCUCCUACGUCAUGAAUUACCGGAUGAGCUUCAGCUUGGGACGCCCCUUCACGCUGGACGCCUCGGAGAUUACGGUUCGGAGACCGGAUGCCGCGUUCAAGCCCUCUCCGAGUUCCUGGCAGCAAUACCCGCGGGAAAGUAUCGCACAAGCUUACUCUCGGUCUUCGCGGAUCCAGAUCAGAGAUAUACCAGACCUCCUUGGCAUGAUUUCAGAGCAGCGCAUCCUCCUUUGCGACCUUGUGGAGCCGAUUGCUCGCGCAUUGUUCGUAUACACCUUUGGCAGCUUGAAGUGGCGUACUGACUUUGGUAGGUAUGGAAACGUCAAGAUAUCGUCGGGGGCCUUGAUGGAGAUGUCGGAAAAGGCCACAUCUGCCAUGUUUUCUUGGAAAGAUAACCUCCCAGAGCCUCUGAACCUUGUGAGCCAAGGGGACAUUGAUGUCACUCCGCAGGUUCUCGUCUUGCUUUUGGAGUACCACUACUUCCAGAUCCUUGUCCAUCGACCGUGGACAUCUCGACGACACCAACCCAAUCCGCAACGAGGUCGAGGAUAUCAGCAUGCCCGACGGAUUUGCGUCAAUUCUGCAUGUGAGAUGGCCCGCAUCGUGGCCAUCUUCGAAAGCCGCUUCGGCUGUCGGCGGAUGGACGUCGAGACAUCACAGAUGCUUCCGUCGGCCGCUUUGAUUCUCAUCUUUGCCGCCAUCUCUGUUCUGGAUCAUGGAGACAGUCGCGAUGAUGUGCUGGUGCAUCUGAACACGUUUCUGAGAGCCUUUGACGAGCUGUCCAAUGUUCAUAGCGAUGGCAUCGGAUAUACGGGCAGAAAGCGGGAAAACGACGAAGUAGUUCCUGGCAGGGUGCCGGCGAUGCAUUGA